AUGAUGAUACCUUUAACCAAAUACAAACUAGAGUCUUUGACCCUCUGGGGAAUGAAACUUAUGUUAUUGCACGUCAGGCUGAUCUCACCUCAUUGCUUCAAAUCAUCACAUAGACAUUGA